UGAGCGUCGCCGGGCCAUCAAAACGUAACGAUACAGCGAGAGCUUUUCCUGAGGGAUUUUAAAGCUGGUCGGCUCGCAAGCUGACGGCAAAUUAGGCAUGGACGACAAGUCAUUCACCAAGGAGUUGGACGGAUGGAUUGAGCAACUGAAUGAAUGCAAACAGCUCUCAGAGAAUCAGGUCAAAGUACUCUGCGAAAAGGCUAAGGAGAUCCUGACAAAGGAAUCCAAUGUGCAGGAGGUGAGAUGUCCGGUGACCGUCUGUGGAGAUGUUCAUGGUCAGUUUCAUGACCUAAUGGAGCUGUUUAAGAUAGGUGGGAAGUCUCCAGACACCAACUACCUCUUCAUGGGAGACUAUGUUGACAGAGGCUACUACUCUGUGGAGACAGUCACACUCCUGGUUUCUCUUAAGGUAAGGUUUCGUGAGAGAAUCACAAUUCUCAGAGGGAACCACGAGAGCAGACAGAUCACACAAGUGUACGGCUUCUACGACGAGUGCUUGAGGAAAUAUGGAAACGCCAAUGUUUGGAAGUACUUCACAGAUCUGUUUGACUACCUGCCCCUGACUGCGCUAGUAGAUAACCAGAUUUUCUGCCUACAUGGAGGGUUAUCCCCUUCAAUAGACACCCUGGAACAUAUCAGAGCGCUGGAUCGCUUACAGGAGGUUCCUCAUGAGGGUCCAAUGUGUGACUUGUUAUGGUCAGACCCAGAUGAUCGUGGUGGUUGGGGCAUCUCUCCUCGUGGUGCUGGUUACACCUUUGGGCAGGACAUUUCCGAGACUUUCAACCAUGCAAAUGGCCUAACUUUGGUCUCAAGAGCCCACCAGCUGGUGAUGGAGGGCUACAACUGGUGCCAUGACCGAAAUGUAGUUACGAUCUUCAGCGCACCAAACUAUUGUUAUCGUUGUGGAAACCAAGCAGCAAUCAUGGAACUUGAUGACACACUGAAGUACUCCUUCUUACAGUUUGACCCUGCACCACGCAGAGGGGAGCCCCACGUGACGCGGCGUACUCCAGACUAUUUCCUGUAAAGAUCUCCCCGCCUGCAAGCGUGUUGAGUGGAGCUGGUGAGGAUGGCAACAGGCUGCACGGAGGCUUGAGAAAAGAAGUAUUCAUAACCCCAUGGACCAAAACAAAAUGUGUGCCAUAAUCACAAUGAAAUGGAAACUAUAUUAUCUAGCCAAUACCACCACUCUUACAACUUUUUUCUGUCUGUGCAUGAUGUUUUUAUUGCUAGAAAUGAUUGCUACUAUGAACAAUACUGUCACGAUUACCUGCUGGUUUGUCGGGAAAAAUGAAUGAACUAAUGCUGAGAAUAACAACUAAAUGUAAGUAAUCUUUGUGAUAGGGUGUCAAUGAUGACCAGACUGUGUUGCUAUAUUCAGUAUAUAAGCUGCAUCUUUCACUUGGCAUGGCCUCAAAUCAAAGGUUGCAGUACAAUGUGAACUUAUUUUCUUUUUUGUAACUAAAGCGCAACAACAGUUUAUUUUGUGAAGUGAGACGAUUAGGGUUAGAUGUCUGGAAUGUUCUCUUUGCACUUUUGUAUUUGAUUUUUAUCACAUGGCACUGACAGACUGCGUUGUUUUUUAUACCCUGUUACAGUGUAAGUAGCUCUCUUUUUGCUCUGCUGUCUCUACUGAGAGUUAAUGUUAUUAAUUUAAGUAGGCAAUAUUGGUAGAAGUGACAUCAGUGGUAAAAGUAACUUGAUGUUUUGCAGCCACAACUAUACAAAAAGUAAAAUAAAGUCCGAAGUUGCUUCGUCAUUUAUUUAUAUCAGGUACAGUUUUUAGCAUUAUCGGCCACAGCUCUCACCAGUCACCACUAGAUGGAAACACACUCAAAAAAUAAUGAUAGACACUGAUUAGAUAAUCAGCAUGGUGAUAAUCAGCCUUACAGUGGAUGUGUGCCAAUAACCAGAAAUUAAAUAUCUACUAGUUUAUUUUCAUCAUUAUAUAUUUAUAUAUAAUAUCAUAUAUUUAUAAGUUGAACUAUGAAGGGCAUUCAAGCCAUGGCUAAUUAUGUGUUUAAUAUAGUUGUUUUUUUGUCGUUUGUACUUUUUGUCUGUUUUGUUAUUUUAUUCAGAAAUGUUGACAAGCACAACAUACAGUGAACAUGUACUUGGACUUUCUUUUUUUUCUUUUUUUUCAAAAUACAACAAAUAACAUCCAGCCACCUAAACAUGGAGUAAACUUACCUAGAGGGGUAGAGAUAUAUCUGUAUCCGUUUGUGCAUACAUGAUUGCAUUGAUCUACCAGGUAAAUACAGAGCAAAUAAAAUAUACAUAAUAGGCAUAUACCCAAAAACAGUUUUAAAAUCUGGAUUGGCAUGUGAAGAAAAACAGAGAGCCCAAACUAUUCCUUAUCCAAGCCCUGUCGUAAAUGCAAAUUGAUGAAAACUAAUAGAUAUAUAUAGAACAAAUGAAAAGAAUGGAUAUAGAAUACAAAUUGAUAUAAUAUUUUAUUAUAAUUAUAAGAAAGAAUAAGGCUAAAUCUAAGUGGUUCUCUUUAAACUAUUUAUAUUUAUUGAAAAUAAGUAUAUUAAAUAAUAGUUUUUUUACUUGGUUUUAAGGGUCACCUUGUUCUUCACUAGACUGAUAUUAACUGUUAUGUCAGCACGUUGUACCAGUUGUACAGGUAUUAAUGAUUGACUGUCAUUGAUUUACAUGCAUCAAGUCAGAGGAAAUGUGAGCGCGUGA